CAUGAUCUGUACAUAUUUUGAACUACACAGAUGAACGUGACAUUGGGCCAUUUCUACUGGAACGUGUUGAACAGUUAUUUAUUUGGGAGAAAUGAAGCAUUUCGUCGUUUCCGACAGCAGGGGAAUAAUGGCCUUUGGGUUGCUUAUGGGGAUGCUACAGUCGUCAAUGCCUUCAGUUCCCCUUCAAAGAACCUUAUCGAUCUGCCGGCGGGAAUCUUGGAAGGCGUCUUUUAUGCAACAAACCGACCCCAGUACCUGAAUUAUGGAGGGAUCGGUUCCGUGAUCGGCCACGAAAUCAUUCACGCGUUUGACGAUAAGGGUCGUCAAUAUGACUGGAACGGGAACUUGGCAAACUGGUGGACGCAAAAACCAGACCAAGAAUUCCGUAAAAGGACAGAGUGUAUCAUCUCACAAUAUGGAAAUUAUACAGUCCCAGAACUGGGAUUGACGCUCAACGGCAUCAACACUCUGGGCGAGAACAUAGCCGACAACGGAGGAUUCAAGGUGGCGUAUCGGGCAUACGUUAAAUGGAGCAAGGAAAACGGCGAGGAAAAACUUCUACCCGGCCUUGAGCACCUGAACCCCAGGCAGAUGUUUUGGAUCUCGGCAGCGAACACCAUGUGCUCCAAGUACAGAAAAGAGGGACUGAAAUAUGCCAUUUUGACGGAUUCACACUCUCCAAAAGGAUUCCGGAUUCGGGGUGCCUUUCAAAACGCUCCAGAAUUCGCCCGAGAUUUCAAGUGCUCCCUCGGAACUCCUUAUAACCCCAGGAACCGGUGCACCCUUUGGUGACGUAGAACUCACGUCCCUCAUACUUCCUCACCUCAAUAUUAUUGCUACUGGAAGAGACCUCAUUCAUUAACAUUAGGAGUUUCUGGCUGAGACAGACAUGCUGAGUCACCAAGCAGAUCUAAUAGCUACUCAUUGUUGAAAAAGCUUUUGGAAAGAGUAUUAUCC